AUGCCGCCCCAAAAGAAACUGCCAAAGAAAUGUGGCAACAGCGCCAGCGCCGAUGCCGACGCCGAUGCCGAUGCCGGCGACAACGUCAACGUCAACGUCAGCGCCAGGCUGCCACAUUUAACGAACACUAAUUCAUUGCGCUGGCAGCGCAGCAACGGCAGCAGCAGCAGCAGCAGCAGCAACAACGGCCACAGACAUGCUCAACUCCAUUUUGCUGCGGCAGCUCGUUUUUACGCCGGCCACAAAUUGGAUUUCAAACAUCAAAGUUGUGCCGGCGGCCCUGGUUCCGGUGGUGGCGGCGCUGCUGGAGUAGUAGGAGUCGUCGGCAACACCAGCAACAACACAAACAGUCAGCAGCAGCAACAGCAACAGCAGCAACAGCAGCAGCAGCAACAGCAGCAGCCGUUGCCAGCGAACGGCAGCAGCCACGCCCACAGUCACGCACACGCCCUAGCGGCAGCGCACGCACACCAGCUGCACGCGGUGCUGCCGCUGCAACAGCAACAGCUGCCGGCGGGCGCAGCGCCACAUCAGCAGCAGCAACAACAGUUGCAGGCAACACAGCAGCAACAGCAGCAGCAACAGCAACAGCAGCAACAGCAGCAACAGCAACAACAGCAGCAGCUGUUGGGCAGCAACAGCAACGGCGUAGGCGUGAUCACGCCCACAUUGUUAAUUGGCAACGGACCGGGCUCGUCGGGAGCAGGUCAUACGAUAGGCACAUCAGCAGCAGCAGCCGCCGCCGCCGCCGCUGCUGCAGCGGCCGCUGCCAGCGUCGCCGUUUCGGCGGCAUCUGUGGUUAGCGGCAGCAGCAACACGUCCCUGCCGCACGUGGCGCCGCACAGUUUGGGCCUGACCGGCAGCUGA